AUCCGUUCACCGGCCACUCGGUUGAGCUGUCAUUAAACCCUAAGAGGAUCGAUGAUUCGCCGUGAUUGGAAGCCAUGCAACCCCCGGUCGACUUCCUCCAUCGCCACCUUCUCCACCAUCACCACCACCAUAUCCCACUCGUCCUACUCUGUCCGUGCAGUUGCCACCGCCGUCACCACCACUGCCAUCUCCUCCCCCGAUUCGCUUCACCCAAUCCUCACCUCCCUCCUCCCUGCCAUCACCUCCCUCUUCCCCACAUCCCCUGUUCCAGCUUCUCCCAGGUUCUUCCAAAUAGAACCUCGCCGCACCUAGUCCAGGACCAAUCCUCGAUGAGCCGUAUUGGUGCCGAGAGACCGGAAGCUGCCGAAGUUGUCGACUUUCCUGCUUCUGAGUCACAAGAACAAGAAUGGAACGACAACCAAGUACCAGAAGGUGAAGAAGAUGUUUUUGUUUUAACUGAUGAAUGGAUGGAGUUUUUCGCAAAAUCUGAGGCUAAGAGAAAAUUGGCUAAGCAGCAGAAAAAGAAGGGCCGGAAGUGAAUGUACACAUACAUCUAUGGUCUAAAGCAUCCGACCGAGUGUUAAAACAUCU